AUGCCGUCCCUCGCCAGCGACGACGCAAUCAACGAUGAACGACUGAAAUCGGCCCUCUGGUAUGCGGUCGGUAAGAUCGUCGACGAGGUGACAUUAUCGCAAGGCCUCAAUGCGUCGCCGCACUUCAUCGGCGGUUUGAGUGAACUGGUGGCCGCCAAAAUCAGCGCUGUUUCUACGGAUCUGGAAGCCUUUGCACAGCACGAUGGACGAACGACGAUCGGCAGUAAAGAUGUGUUGCUCCUGGCGCGGAACAAUGAGGCGUUGCGCGCGGCAUUGCAGGAGAAGGCGGACGAGAUGAAGGCCAAGGACAAGAGAGCUGUGCGAUGA